AAGGCGUGCUGUCUGCUGUCAGCUCACCGAACACCGCUCUCCUCCUUCGGCUCUCUGCGGGAUCUAAAGCUCUCCGGCUCUCUCCAACAUGGGUUAGGACCACGGCCACGCAUGGAUUACUCACUUUGUGCACUUCGGAGAGGAUGAUGGGGGAUCGGACUUGUUUUCGCGGAGACACGCUGACAAAGACGAGGACUGAGGGGGACUAGAGAUCCAGAUCCGCUGCCUCUCUCUUUCUCGCUUUGUCGUUUUCUUAUUUUCCUAUUUUUUUUUUUAGUUUUUAUUUGUUAAAUUUCCCCGCGUGCGAGCGAGACAGAGAAAUGUUUGCAGAAUUGCUGUGCAGCGCCGUGGCUCUGGUCCUCUAUGUCAACACUCUGGGAGCCGAUUUCUGCUACGAUGACAGCCGUGCAAUCAAGACCAAUCAGGACCUGCUCCCAGAGACGCCCUGGACUAAUAUCUUCUAUGAUGACUUCUGGGGCACCUUACUCACUCACAGCGGGAGUCACAAGUCUUACCGACCUCUCUGCACCCUCUCCUUCCGUCUUAACCACGCCGUGGGCGGUCUGGAGCCGUGGGGUUACCACCUGGUGAAUGUAGCCGUCCACGGCGCCGUGACGGGCCUGUUCACCUCUCUGGCUCGCCUGCUGCUGGGUGGCGGCUUGUGGAGCCUGCUUGCUGGCCUGCUCUUUGCCUCUCAUCCCAUCCACACUGAGGCGGUGGCCGGGGUGGUGGGCCGGGCCGAUGAAGGCGCCGCCUUCUUCUUCCUGCUCUCCCUGCUGUGUUACAUUCGUCACUGUACGCUGCGGGGCCACGCCGGGCCCUGGAGGCUGGUGGCCUGGCUCCUGAGCAGCCUGGGCUGUGCCGCCUGCAGCAUGCUGUGGAAGGAGCUGGGAGUGACCGUCCUGGCGAUAUCAGCGCUGUAUGACGUCUGCGUUUUCCACAGACUCAAACUGAGACAGAUCAUCACGCUUCUUUACAAGAGGAAGAACCUCCACCUGCUGCUGAAUGUGUUCGUGCUGGCGGCCUGGGGAGCCAUCCUGUUGGCGGGACGUUUCUACUGGAUGGGAAACAAACCUCCAAACUUCUCCAACUCUGACAACCCGGCAGCAGACUCGCCCUCCCUCCUCACUAGGACGCUGACAUUUUUCUACCUGCCCGCCAUCAACUUCUGGCUUCUCCUUUGCCCAGAUAUGCUCAGCUUUGAUUGGUCGAUGGACGCCCUGCCUCUGGUCAGGAGCUUUGCUGACUGGAGGAAUUUACACACGGCCGUCUUUUACCUCGGAUUGUUUUUGCUAGCCUGGUUCAGCCUGUGGACGCCUCUCGCUGCUAAAGGGAAGGACACCAAUGGCAAAGCUCAUCAUUACACCAACGGCAAGAACGGGAACAGUAACGGCCACAGUUACCAGUACAACCACGAACAUUUGAACAAUUCCCACACAGACGCUCAGAGUAGCAGUGCUCAAAACGGAACCAAAAAGCACUAUGAGAGCAGGACUCCACUGCCCACCACUGAGAACGUGGUGGUGUUCUCUCUGGGUCUGCUGGCCGUCCCUUUCCUCCCCGCCACUAACCUCUUUUUCUACGUGGGCUUUGUGAUAGCAGAGAGAGUACUGUACAUCCCCAGCAUGGGCUUCUGCCUGCUGGUGGCCGUGGGGAUGAGAUCUCUGUACAUCCGUCUGAGACGCAGGUCCUUCAGGACCAUGCUGGUGUACUGCAGCGCUGCUCUGGUGCUUCUGUUUGGGGUCAAAACAGUCCUGAGGAACCGGGACUGGCAGAAUGAGGAGAUGCUCUACAAGUCAGGGAUUUAUGUCAAUCCUGCUAAAGCAUGGGGCAACCUUGGAAACGUCCUGAAGAGCCAGGGAAAGAUGGAGGAGGCCGAGCAGGCGUACAGAAAUGCCCUCUAUUACCGCAGCAACAUGGCGGACAUGCUGUAUAACCUCGGUUUGCUGCUACAGGAGAGCAACAAGUUCUCAGAAGCACUCCACUAUUAUAAGCUGGCCAUUGGGAGCCGGCCAACUCUGGCUUCGGCCUACUUGAACACAGGAAUCAUCCUGAUGAACCAGGGUCGCCUUGAUGAGGCGAAGCGUACCUUCCUGACCUGCGCUGAUAUCCCGGAUGAGAACCUGAAGGACCCUCACGCCCACAAGAGCUCCGUCACCAGCUGCCUGUACAACCUGGGCAAACUGCUCCAUGAACAGGGACACCAGGAGGAGGCCCUCACAGUGUUUAAAGAAGCAAUACAGAAAAUGCCAAGACAAUUUGCCCCACAGAGCCUCUACAACAUGAUGGGAGAGGCCUACAUGAGACUGAACAAGCUGCCUGAAGCUGAACACUGGUACAGAGAGUCUCUGAGAGCCAAGCCCGACCACAUCCCUGCACAUCUGACCUACGGGAAGCUGCUGGCUACGACGGGGCAGAAAACAGAAGCAGAGAGGUACUUCCUGAAGGCCAUCCAGCUCGACCCCACUAAAGGAAAUUGUUACAUGCACUAUGGUCAGUUUUUAUUGGAAGAGUCGCGGCUGCUGGAAGCUGCAGAGAUGGCGGAGAAGGCGGCACGCCUCGACAGCGGGGAGUUUGAUGUGGUCUUCAGCGCAGCACACAUGCUCAGACAAGCCAGCCUAAAUGAAGCAGCCGAGAAGUACUACGGACACGCGGCGAGCCUGAGACCUAAUUACCCGGCAGCCUUGAUGAACCUGGGAGCGAUCCUCCACCUCAACGGGAAGCUGCACGAAGCUGAAGCCAAUUACCUCCGAGCUCUUCAGCUGAAACCCGAUGACUCCAUCACCCAGUCGAACCUGCGUAAGCUGUGGAACAUCAUGGAGAAACAGGGCCUGAGGACCACGAGCCCCUGAGCUCCGCCUGACCGCCUGCCUACCUGCCAUCUGCACGCCAGAUCUGGGUCAAAGGACGGCCCGCGUGCUCCUCAUUUUCUCUGGUCUCAUUCAGGAGAGGCUCGGGGAGGAUGUUUGCUCAGAGAGGCCGUGACUCUGUGCCGAAGCCCUCCUAAUAACUCCUGGGCUCUGCAUACACCUCAGGCCAGCAGCUCUCCGCACACGCUCAGUUUGGCGGGCGCUGCAUGGUGUUUGGACUCUUCAGAACUUUCUUCAUUAUUAGUUCUCUCACAGGAACCACUUUUUAUCCUCUGCUUUUUUUUUCUUUUAUACUACAGCACUUAAACUUGAAUCCAGAAAGGUACAUCCCUCAACAUUUGCGAUAAAUUAAGUUCUCAAAACAAGAAUUUGUACUUCAAAGGGGUAAAACUAGCCUCUUAUCAGAUAAUAUAUAAAGAGAAUCUCAUGAGACUGCAGUGAGGGUGUUCUAAUGAAGUUUUUGUUUGAUCAGAUGGAAUUUGCAGAAUUGGCGACCAUCCUAAAGCACCAGAUUAACAGUUUUAAUUAAGUUCUAUCUCCUUUUACAUCCUCUCUUUGUUUUGCAAAUGAGAUUUCAGUCGAUAAUGAAGAAAAUUAGCACCAUCAUUAGAAGCCAUGUGUAGCAGAAGUUGUGAUAUUUGGUGUAAACACUUGAACAUAAAAGGGAAUUGAAAUUGGUAGCCAUGUCAGCGAGACAGCAGCCUCUAAAAGCUUGACAAAGGCUGGAUGUUUCAGCAACGACACCCCAAUCCUCUCACAGUGUAAUGCCUUACUAAAUCAAAGGUGUGAAUCUUCUAAAGCAGAGCAGAGGAGCAGAAAUGUGGCAACGCUGCUGGGGGAAGAAAAAGCCGAGUCCCCAUGGUAACAUGCUUUUUUGGCAAACAUAAGAAGCUAUAAAAGGAAAUAUUAAGCUAUCUUCCUGCGGAGGAACCGUAGAACAAAGAGGCAGGUACGUUUGAUUUUGUUACGCCCUCUCUACACACCAGAAAGUUUAACAAACCAGUGUGGGGAGCACACUGCAAAAGCUCUUCACAAGUGUAUUUGUCCUUUUUUCUAGUCAGAAAUACCUCCUGACACUCCUAUAAGCCACAUUCAACUGACAAAUCCAAAUUCAAGAUAUUAAAAGCAUAAAAUCAGAUCUGCAUCACUAGAAAUGUUAGUAAGUCAUUUACCUGCCUAUAUCACAUUAGUAUGGACUUAUUUUUGGAGAAGAGAUGUAAGAAAAGAGAGUAGGAGACGACUUUCACUAAACAAUGCCUAGGGUAGGGAUUUAAACCAGCAACCAGUGCACCAAGAGCUGUAGCCGCUCUAGGGCCACCUGCACUAAGACUGGACUCAACCAGCACCCCCAUUAUACUAUCACUUCAAUUACCAGUCAUACAGUAGAGAGAUACCAAAAAUGACCAUGUUUUAUGUUUUCAUAUGUCAGCUAGUUCUGCAGUUGGUCAGUCUACUGAGCUUUGUAGUGUACCAAAACUUCCUAUAGGUGGCAGCACAGCCUGAUUAUUCACUCAACAACAUGCUUUUACUUCCGUUGUUCAACAGAUUAGAAUGAAACCCUUCAGAGAAGCAGUGCUACAAAUGUCCAACAUUAGGGACAACUGCACUGCACUGUUCAUUUUCCUUCUUCCUUACGACUGGACAAGGAAGAAAACCGGUUAAAAAGUGAACCCUACGUUUCAGCCUGUAUCUCUGUUCUGGCAGGUGUGGCAUCUAACAGUAACCGUCUGCAAGAGGGGGCGUCUGAGAUCUACGGUCUGCAGCCAGACCCCUCUCAGAGAGACGCUGAUCCCACUUACCUUUUUUGUAAGACUGACAGCUUCAUUCUGGUUGGUCGAUUGUUUGGUCGGAAAGCUUUUUUCAAGAUCACCUGCCAGACGUAUUUACCAAACGGAUGCAGUAAGGAGCCUAUCAUUGAUUUGACUGGUCCCCAACCAGGUGUGUAUUUUUUUUGUUUUGUUUUGUUUUGUUUUUUUAACCCGAACGACUGAUUGGUUUGUGCCUGGGUGUAAUUUGGAUUGGUUGGUGCCUGGGCUAAUUUGGAUUGGUUGAUGCCUGGGCGUAAUUUUUACUGGUUGGUGCCUGGGCGUAAUUUUUACUGGUUGGUGUCUGGGUGUAAUUUCCACUUGUUGGUAUCUAGGUGUAAUUUUGAUUGGUUGGUGCCUGGGCGUAAUUUCGACAGGUUGGUAUUCAGGCAUAAUUUUGAUUGGUUGGCGCCUGGGCGUAAUUUUGAUUAGCUGGUGCCUGGGCGUAAUUUCAACUGGUUGGUAUUCAGGCGUAAUUUUGAUGGUUGGUACCUGGGCAUAAUUUUUCUCUACCAGGUUUUUCUUUGGUUGACUGCAGGCGUACUUUUUGAUGGUAAAGUUUCUUCGGUCCACAGCUGCUCUGAUGUCAGGACAAGAUUUCUCUCUUCUGUUUUCCUUUUCUUUGUGAUAUUUCCUUCAAAAAUAGGGAAAUAUGAAACACACAGAGCCGUUUAAAGAUGUUGCAGAUUCGACUGAGAAAAGCAGAAAUCAAUUUUUGUAACCUAUCAAAAAUAAUCACCGCUGAGAACACCCCGAAACUGAAAUCAUGAGCUAAAAGCACCAGAUGUGAACCCAGGCAUUUCAGCAGAAGCAUGUAUGUAACAUCAGCAGCUCAGAUAUCAGAUUUAGUCAGCUAAACAGCUUUGAUGCUGCCAGCAUUUGAACAUCAGAUUUAUAUUUUUUACUUACUUGUUGAAUUUGGCUGAUUUUACCAUGGCUGCUUUGCAUGAAGGAUGACUGACCCCAGCAGCAGCAGACUAUCAAUCUACUGUGCUGCAUUUUUGUUCAGUUUGCUCAACAACGCUGACGUGCUUUAUUAAGACACUUCAUGAGUAAAAGGUGCAUGGCUCUGGUAGAUAUUUUUACUUAUUAUAACUAAAUUCAUUCCUUAUUUUGUCUUCGUAUAUCUUGAAAUAAGAUUUUUAUCUGGGCUUGUCAGACCAAUGUGGCUAAAAAUAAAAGAAAUUAGAUAUUUAUAAUGUAGAAUAAGACAAAUACACUUAUUAAAUGUGCAUUUUUGCAGUGCAGACGAAGGAGUUCAAACCAAAUACAGACGCUAUGCCUACACCACAUUUUUUUAUCACCACAGAACAAUGCAAAGACACGAGGGAAACGGUGUAAUGCCUAUGUUUUUGUUGGAAUCAGACUAAUUUUCGUUGUGUUUGUAUAAAUGAAUUUUAAUAUAUACUUACAUCGUGUACAGAAAAUCGUGCAGCAAAAAAGUAGCCAGGCUAAAAGAGGAAGCUCAGACUCUGAGCCAGUUUAGUCUGUUACAUGAAGUGUUUCCCUGUUAGUCUUAAAGGUCUCGUUUUUGUAUAUAUUCUGUGUUAUUAACACCUUUUUGUUGUCGUCAGCAUACCGUACGUGAAACAGCACCUUCCAGGGAGUCUGAGUAUGUACAUCAUUUGUGAUCUUUUGUUCUUUUUUUAGGCCACGAACCUCCUGAAAUAUUUGUGUCCUUAGUUUUCAGAGCAUUGUAAGUUAUUGCUUUGUGUUGUCAUAGCAACAGAACCAGCUGGCACUGUGUUUUAAUGUUAAAUGAAGGUGGAGUUGAUGUCCAAGUACAGUGAGUGGGCCGUUAUAGUCAGUGCAGAGUAGAUAUAUGAAGUUAGUGAGGGUUAGAAAUUAAAUAUACACUCACUGGCCACUUUAUUAGGUACACCUGGCAGCUAUCAGGCAUGUAGAUGAUCUUGGUUUGACCAUGUCUGCAUGCCUGAAUGCAGCUGCUGCCAUGUAAUUGGCUGAUGAGUUAACAAGCACAUGAACAGGUGUACCUAAUGAAGCGGUCGGUGUGUCAUAAGUCACUCGUUGGUCACAUCAGUGUUAACACUGUUCUGUGUUUUAAUGUGAUGAUCACCAGUGAUGUGUGCAGUCAGAAAUCACAGAUCUCACUCAUCCCCGUCCCACUUGUCUCACAGCCACAGCCUCCUGAUAAUGUCUUGUGUGUAUAUAACGUGUUUCUGAACAAACACUGAGAAUCGGUAUUGCUCGAGUGAAGAUGUAAAAAAAAAAGUGUUUCACUCUGUGUCUCUGCUCAGGGAUCUUCAGCAGUGGGUUGUUGCAGAAACUUGUACACAGAGCGUUUACUAAAUUAAAGAUUUAUUUUUGAAAGUUGUUGUAUUUGUAUAAAUUAUCAAGAUUUGUAGCCUUUUUCUCCUUUUUUGUAAAAUAAAGAUGAACAAUGUGCCAGAAUAGACUUUUUUUCUUCCCAAUGUUGCUUUUUUUCCACAAUAAAUUUAUGGUG